UAUUUCCCAGAUUUAAAAAGAAAGAAAGAAAAAAAAACAACCACUUAAAAACUGGAUCUGUUUACACAGGAGGAUUGACCUUUUGAAAACGGAUACAUAGCUAACCAUCGGGAGGGGCGAGGGUAGGGGCACUGAAAGGUGCUUUCACGAUUUUAAAAGGAAAUGAAUGUUGUUUAGAGACACAAUCUUGUAACAACAUGGUCAAUCUCCAGACUGUACUGCUCGAGUGUUACUAAAGUAAAGGGCUGGUGCUGGCAGCCCACACUGCAAUAACAGGGUCUGCAGAUAUGCUUUUACAAGAUUAUACAACAGCCACUCUGUAAACAUAACACUGCCACCUAGAGGCUGAGAUACAGCUCUACCAAGGGAAGAUUACAAAUUCAAGAAAGAGACUGGCUGACUCAUUUUAGUAACUAUUUAAUGUAUUCGAAUGGUGUUGAUGGUUUAAGAAAGCUGUGUUAAAUCAACACACAUCUAAAUGUUAUUAUCUAAGCAGAAGAAAGUCAAAUAGUUAAGCUAGUUCACCUGGUAUUCUUAUUUUCAGUAAUUUAUAUUGAAGUUUGGGUAAGGUCAAAGUCUGUAUUGACUGCAUCCCCAAGUGAUAUGUCUGCCCCCUGGUGUUAGUUUCAGGUAACUACCGUACAUUGCAGAUGUUAAAAGUGUAAAUUCAAGUUCCAGUGCAGUACAGUGUGUUGGGUAUGCACAGCUUUUUUAGGUUCUAUAAUAAAGUGCAUUGCAAUGGGUUUAGCACAGUAUGCCGCAGUACACUUUUGGGGCCCUAUUCCCAAAAGGAGCCUAAGCUCAUCUUUUACAACGGGAAAGAAGAGGUUGUGAAGGUAAGCACACGGAGUCAGCUAAGGUGCAGUGAAACAGUAAAAGCUCCAGUAGCUGUGUUUUUGAAUCAGUAAAAAGUGCCUUUGUGUAGUUUACUUGAGCAGUACAGUUUAAUUAAUGCACCCUCCUCAGUUCUUGAUAACGAGUUCUCUUAUUGUUCCAGACUGUUCUAGUUGAGGAUAUGAAAGCGGAUGAGAUCAUUGCUCUCCUGGAAUCUCUGCGGUUCUACAAAAGGUCACAGAAAAGUGAAGAGGUCCCCAAGGAGUUCCAGCAUCUUCCUCUGAAAGCUCCUAGAGAUGAAGAGCACCUAGUAUUCAUCUUGAGUAUUGCUGCAGGAAGCAAGAAUGAGGCUGGGGAUCGAAAGGCAGCACCGUGCCUGGUCUCAGGCUGAGCAGAAGUUUCUCGUAGUGAGAAAAAAAAAAUGAAUACAUUCAUUGUUAGAAGCAAAACAAAUAAUAAUAUUCAUGAUGUAAACCAAAUUGGGGCAAGUGUUUUUGAAACUAUACGUGUAUUUCAAAGGACUGGAAAUGCAUAGCUUUUCAGAGGAAUAAUUGCAUAGUAACCUGCAUAUGAAUCAUUACCACAAUUCUGAUUAGAGUUUGGGUACUUCCAGGGAUUUUGGGACAGUUGGGUAUAUUAUACCAGCAUCAAACAUUAUGCCAACUGCAUGGUCAGUAUUCGCUGCCAUACUACCAUCAACAUAUUCUUUUAACUGUUAAAGACGCACACGCCAGCAUCAUGUUGCACUUCCCCAUUUUAAACCGUUUCUUUAGUGGUGUGUUCCAUUGAAGAAUCGGUGAUAUAUACAGACAAUUCACCAUAGCUAUCUAUUCAUCUACAACACGCCCUGUUAGUCUGGAGGAUGGCUCAUCUCUAGUCAGACUGCCUUCUUUUAACUAAUCAGAUUAGCAGCAGGGCUCACGAGGCUAAUCCUGUUGCUCAGGAGCAGAGAGGCUGCAGGUUGCAUGAUCUCUCAGAUUCGGUGUCUUCAAUGACAGCCCGCAAUGCCUGUGCUGUACACACCGAUCCCUCAGAACCUCCGUCUGGGUCUGGCUCACUACAGCAGUUCCCUCUUCACUAACAACAGGACCCGGGACAGUGGAGACGGGCAGGGCAACAAAGCAGCACAUGAAAUGAUGUCCCACCUCCCCUUGCAGAUGCUGCUCUAUUUCAAUACCUUCUAUUUUCCUUUCUGGUGGAUUUCUGAAGUUCUCAUGCUGGAAUUAAAGUACUGCUUGUUACCAGGCUACUACCAAUCUCUCCUGGUCAUUGGGAUGGUCAUCAUCACUCUUACUGAGGGCUUGAGACUCUACCUUGGCUAUGUAGGGAACUUGAAAGAAAAGGUCCCAGAGCUAGCUGGAUUCUGGCUCCUCACCUUCCUGUUACAGCUCCCCAUUCUCCUGUUCUUCCUGACGGACGAGGCUAUCAUCAUCCUUCCACUGGAGAGGGCGGUCCACGUCAUCUACCUGCUCUUCCUCCUUUCGGAGGUGCUUGCAGCUUUCCUUGCACUCAAGGUGAUGACCCAGAAACUUACCCUGCAGUUCCACCUCAGUCAAUUCGAAGACAUGGACAAAACCCUAGACAUCAACCAGGUGGACCCCAUCCCACGAGGCAGAAGCACAUUCCCCUGGACCAGAAAUAUUCAUGUUUACUAAGAGGUUUAUUUAGCCUUUUGUUGCAAGUAUUAACUAUGAACAACACUGUGUAUGAUGACUGGUUAACUCAAUUCACUCUAUUACAGAGCUCUCUCUUUAGUAGAGAUAACACUUUUAAGGAGCUAAGCCAAGUAGAGAACUGUUUCAGCUGAUGCCUUAAUCAGCAUGCAAGUCCUAAGCAACAAAUCCCAUCAAUACUUACAUCCACAAGUAGUUGAACAAAAGAUCAGAACCUGCAGCAGAGUGAACAUGACUGGUUCUCCACCAAAAGAGGGAGUCUUACUACACUAGCUAAAUUAACAGUUACUUUGUAUUGAUGAGUACAAUGUGUUUUUUGUCAUUAAUGUUGGACAGAUCAAAAUAUUUUCAACAGACUAUAUAUUACAUUCCCUUGCUAUAUACAAAACACUACAAAUCCUACACUGAGAUAAUACCAAGAUGACUAGUGUAAUUUGAAUGCAAAGAUAUCAGAGGAUAGCAAUAUUUUAAUAUCCAGUAUCAGUCUAAAGUUUUGCUAAUAGGGCAUGUGAUAAUCACAGAACAUUAACUAUAUUUAUUAAUUUUAAUGUUAAUUACUUAUAGUUGCAUACAAAUGCUUAAUAUUCAUAUCUUUGAGCAUCCCUUAGUUGUUUGCAGCAGUGUACAUGAUAUCUAAAUCAGACCUUGAAUUAAAUGGCAAAAAAGCAAACUAUGCCACAGUAACAGAAGUUAAUAGAACAUGGUUUAAAUGAAUUUAAUAACAGCAACUACUCAAGAUUUACAAUAAAACUGACAGAUUGAAUAUAA